CCACGAGCAAGAAUUGCAUGGCGACUGUAGGGUAAAGUAAAAUUUCGCGUUCAAUACGGUUCCACUGUUGUUAAGGGUUUGUUCGAAAGCUCCGUGCGCUUGCUUCAAUUUUGUGCGAAACGCCAAUUACAAUUCAACUAAAAAUGUUCGUGUCGACAGUCUCUCGCAUUGCCCCGGUUGCCAGGACCGUGCUCCUCGCCAACUCCAAGCAAUACUUGCGACCAUUGAGCAGCGCCGUUAUCAGCCAGAGCCAAACCUUGGUCGCUCAGAACACAACCCCCGUAGCAUUACUGCCACAGAUCAGGUCAUUCCAGACCUCGCCAGUCACGCGUGACAUUGAUUCGGCUGCCAAAUUCAUUGGUGCUGGUGCUGCAACAGUCGGUGUCGCUGGUUCCGGUGCUGGUAUCGGAACAGUAUUCGGUUCCCUCAUCAUUGGCUAUGCCAGAAACCCAUCGUUGAAACAGCAGCUGUUCUCCUAUGCCAUUUUGGGUUUCGCCCUGUCUGAGGCUAUGGGUCUGUUCUGUCUUAUGAUGGCCUUCCUGCUGCUGUUCGCCUUCUAAGCGCCGCUCUACUCGUCCUUAGUUUUUCGUGCAAUUGUUUGCAGUGUGUUUGUGUGUGGGCGAUAUUGGGAUUGGAUAUUCCUAUCUCGAUGGCAAACCGCAUUCUAACGGCAAUCAGCGGCAGCGAGAAAGCAACGUAUAGAAGAAACACAAAACAACCAACAACCAACGUUCGUUUUUCGAUUAUUAUUGAUAAAUGAUUGAUAGCCAACAACAUCCUGUACUAUCUAAUUAUAAAAUAACAACAACAACCACAUAAUAUAUGUAAUUUUGUUUUUAAAAAACAUUCGAAACUGUAGUAAUCGCCUAAAAAAGCCUAGCAAAAGAUCAUCGCGCAGGAAGAACACACUUUUAUUUAAGUUGAAACCAAAAAGAAAAAAAAAGAAACAAUACACUGCUAAUAAAAAAGAAAACAUUGGAAAAAA